AUGGCUCACGUCUUAAUUGCAAAGCUUCUCAAACGUCAGCUUUUGGGGGGGGACUCUUCUUCAGAAGAUGAAGAAGACUGCCCCUCUAAUUUCGACGAUGACAGCCAAGCCGACCCCAUUGUCGGCGACACCACCUUUCACCAGAUCAUGAUGUACACCUCCAUCGGUUGCGCCAUCGUUACCGUCAUAGUCAGUUUCUUCCUGGUUUGGGGUCAAAUGUCAAAUUAUCGCGAGCCUCGUGUACAGAAACAACUCAUUCGUGUCAUCUUAACGGCACCAGUCUUUGCUGUUCUCUGUAUGUUGGGGGUGGCUAGCUAUCGCCUGACACAUUACGUUGAACCCCUCGCCGAAUUCUACGAGGUGUUCACGCUCGUUGCACUCUUCCUCCUAUUCAUCGCCUACUUGGUUCCUAGCACACAAUGGCAUACCCAAGUUGCUUUCUUCUCCAAUCCCAAGCACGGCGGCUUCAAAUUCUUUAAGAAGAGAUACAUUUUCGUCAUGCAAGUCGUACCCGGACGCAUCACCACCACCAUCGCUGCCCUGGCCAUCAAUGUCAUGAAAUGCAGAGGCUCUGGUGGUUCUUCGUUUGACGCCGCACAAGCUAUCAUCUCCAUCGUCAAUGCCGUUCAACUCAUCCUCGCCAUCUCCGGUAUUUUUCCUUUCUUGAUGAAACAGAGAGCCACGCUUAAACUGACCGACCCUCAAAUCAUGGGCAAACUCAUCAGCGUCAAGGUCAUUGUCGUCGUCCAGAUCGUCGUGCAUCUUGUCCUUCAAAUCCUGUCUUGGACCGGCAGCCUCGAACCCACCGCAACCUUGUCCUACAACGAUCUCAACCUCGGCCUCUCAGUUUUCUUGACAACCAUCCUGGCCAUGAUCACUGCGUUCCUCAUGGUCCCUUACUUCAGACCCCGCCAAUUCGAGCGUAAACCCCUCGCAGACCUUUCAGGAACCGAGUAUGGUCCGUCACAUCAUUUCGAGUAUGAGGAAGAUGGUUCCAUCAAGAUGGGUGGCGGUUCUGUCCCGGCUGAUGUGAAACCCAAGGCAUCGAGAUUUCGAGCCAUCUUGGAUACUAUCAAUAUCCUUGACGUGUUGCAAGGAGUCGGCCGAGCUUGCAAAUUGCUCGGCCACCGCAACGGCUACUCGCUUCCCUCUCAUCAAAAUGGCCACUCCUGA